AUCGACACCACUUAACUAUUGAAUUGUCUUUCAUCUCUCCAUUAUAAAUUUCCAAUUGUCUGGAAAUGAUCAUGCCUCCUUGUCGGCUUGUCCGAUCACGAAACUGGGCCACAUACGACAAGUGUUCGAAGGUCUUCCAGACAAUUGGACGAGCGGUAUGCUCUCAAGUCUUAUCUAUAUAAGUAAUAUCAAGGCGACAAUCUCGUGUAACGUGACGAGCGCGUUUGUCUCUAUUGGAAAGAACCCCUAAUCGUUUCAUACGAGGUAGCAACCUACAUUUGUUUGGACCCUCAAUUCUAUCGUGCAUGAUCACCAUAUUGUGGCACGGCUUGGGAAAAAACUGUGGUGUGAUGUUUGGGAUCAAGGAGCGAGAAGUGUUCAUGGGAAUUUAUUGCAGUUGCGCCGUCCAAGAGAUCCCAAGAAUAGGUCUUACGGAGCUCCGGAUGAUCGUUACCAAUUCCCGAAUGAAGUUCGAUCCAGUGGUUGAACUGUUGUUUUUCAUCAGUGCAUCCUCACAUAAAUUUCACUGCUAUGGGCACAAUUCUAUUUCCAACAAUUGAAAAGGGUCUGGAGCAAGUAUCAAAAAGUUGGGAGUACAUAAGUUCCUUUUUCUUAAGAGUGGCAUAUGUACGGCAAAGUUUGUGCCCCUUGCAUCGUUUUAACAGUAUUCUUUUCUUGUUGCUCCGUGAAAUCAUUUGAUCAGAAAUUCCCAAGUUCUUGUUCAAUUGACGAAUAUAUGCAAGAAUUGGGAUUGGAAAGAUGUAUAUCUCAUUCCAAUGCCGAUUCAUUCAUACUCUUCACUAUCUUUAAAUCAUUCUUACAAUGACAUCAAUACCCCUUUCUUCACGGCAAAUCAUUAUAUCAAGCCAUGACGAAGGCCCUUUAGUUAAUAUAGUAUCAUGGAUAGGUUUGAGUACAAUGAUACUUGGUGUUGGAGCAAGGAUUGGAAGUAAAUAUCUUGUUGUGAGGCGAUGUAGUACUGAUGAUGGUUUGAUUAUAGUUGCCAUGGUCAGUAUAUCAUAGUUUAUUCCACCUUGGGAGCAACACUAACAGCCUAGUGUUUUGGAAUCUGCCAUAGUGUUUUUCUAUCAAUGAUGGUUAAUAAUGGUCUUGGUCGGUACCAAGAUACUCUCAACAGUAAAGAGCUGGAAUACUAUCAAAAGGUGCAUUCGCUUCACUUGAAGGUACACCCAAGUGAGCUAACUUACGACGCAGUAUGCCUAUGCAUCUCAAUUGGUUUAUAUUCCAACGCUCUGUUUCGCGAAAUUGAGUACAUUGUUCUAUUUACGGGCUUUGACACCAGAUUCAAAUUACGCAAUACUCAACCGCGUUACCGAGGUAUGCGUGAUACUAUGGGCUUUGUGUGCGGAGGUUUCAGUCGCAUUUCAGUGCGAUCUGCCGAACCCUUGGGCUGUCCUUUCUACCGACGAAUGCUUCAAUAUCGUAAGCUAAUCAGUUUAUCUAUCUCGGCACAAUCAUUAACAUUUACAAGGGCGUAUUCUGGCAAACUAUCGGGGCCCUGGACAUUGUGACUGAUAGUGGCAUUAUCUUCAUGCCAAUUUUUCUCGUUUGGGGCUUACAGAUGCCAUUAAGGCGUAAGGCUCUCGUUUUCAUGGCAUUUGGGACUAGAAUGUUGUAAGUAACAAAGUUGUAUCCCUAAGAAUUGUAGAUGAUCUAAUGAUCCGGUAGCAUUCUACCCCUAUCCAUAAUGCGACUCGUCAUCAUUUCCUCUUCCGCAGCCCCCACGCUUCCAAACCAAACGCUCGUCUCAUACCGAAAUUACGUCUGGACAUCUGUCCAACUCAACUCUGCAAUUUUCUUCGCAUGCUUAUCGUUUCUCAAACCAUUCAUGGAAUCCAUGUCGUCUGGUGGCCUCGCAGCAUCAGUAAAUGCUAUGGAUUCAUCCUAUGGCAACAAUCAUUCUCAGUCCAACUCAAAAUUAAGUACCUUCCUUUCUUCUCGCUCGGGUUUGAAAUCCUCUAAAAAGAACCGGCCUCGCAUACCACAAGAUCUUCGCACCAUAUCAACUUUUCAAGACUACGACGAAGAUGAUGAAAUAUCUACUCGUACGGCCUCAUCUCCAGUUUCCAAUUUCAAGAAGUCGUCACCUAUGUUUAAUUUUCGCUUGAAUAAUACAAACACGGAUGCAAAACCCAGUCAUGAAGGGGAGGAACUUGGUACAUUAAGGCCUGAUGGAGCUUUGAAUGUUGCGCAUAUUCGACGUUCGACACCAGUGGAUAAUGCGGAUAGGAGUACGGUUGGUAGUGAUAAGAUGAUCAUCAGACGUACCACUGAGUGGGACGUCAAAGAAGAUUUUGAAAAUUUUGAGAGAAGAAAUACUCGUUCUGGAGAUGGGGAUGAUUAUGAGAUUCAUAAGGCUAGUAUGGAGGAAAGAGAUGGGGAGGUUUGGGGUGAGAGGGGUAUACAUUAUAUCGGGUAGAUGGUGGUGCUGGGAAUCUGAAAUUGGGAUAGGAUAUAAUCUACUAUAAGGUAGGGGGAGGCAUGAAGAAUUUAAUUAAUAAGUUGGCUAUAGGAUAUACCGCAAGGUAGGACAGGUGGACUAAAAGGUUGGAGUUCUUGGAUAUGGGAAGGAGAGGACCAAAUAGGCCUAGGGAUGGGAUAAUCAACAUAGCUCGAACAUGCUUUGUUUCAUUUGUACUGGACUGGAUUAUUAGGUAGGUAUUU